UAGGCUCGUGCACCAGCCAGGCACAGCCAUAGGAAACGCCGACGCCCUCAGCAGAUGCCCGUCGAAGAAGCCGGUCGAAGACCCAGCCCCCACACUCCACCUACUGCACAUUGAUGACGACGCCAGCUGCCCGGUGUCAUCCGCAGAUGUGGCCGUCCACACCCAAAAGGACCCCACACUCCGCACAGUGAAAUCCUGGAUCCUCAGAGGGUGGCCGUCGGGAAAGCCAGAGGAAAGAUUCAGCCCGUUCGCCAGGAAACAGGAGGAGCUGUCCACCAUGAAGGGCUGUCUGCUAUGGGGAGACAGGGUGCUGAUUCCAAGCACUCUGCAACGGCGAACGUUGGAGACCUUGCACAAGGGGCACCCGGGCAUCGUCCGCAUGAAGGCACUGGCACGGAGUUAUGUCUGGUGGCCCUCCAUGGACAAAGACAUUGAACAAUGGGUCUCCAGAUGUGACCCGUGCCAAGAAGUUCGCCCAGCGCCGCCGCAAUCCGAGGUCGCGAAGUGGGAGACCCCCGGCAACCCCUGGUCGAGGGUCCACAUUGACUUCGCGGGUCCGAUGCAGGGGCGACACCUCCUCAUCGUGGUAGAUGCCUUCUCCAAAUGGCUCGAGGUGGUGCCCAUGGCAUCUACCACAACGGACGCGACGAUCCGAGCCCUGCGCCGUCUCUUCGCCACUCAUGGUCUACCGGAUGUGCUGGUCUCAGACAACGGCCCCCAGCUCACAUCCUUGGCCAUGGAAUCCUUCCUGGCGGGACUGGGCAUCCGCCACGCCCUGUCCGCCCCUUACAGGCCGGCCGGAAACGGACAAGCGGAACGCAUGGUCCGACUGACCAAAGAGGCCCUCACCAAGAUGGGCCCGGGGGACUGGCAAGAGCGCAUAGACAAUUUCCUCCUCACCCAGCACAUCACGCCACACGCCACCACCCACAAGAGCCCGGCCGAACUGUUGAUAGGCAGAAGGUUGAGGUCACCCUUGGACCGGCUGCACCCCCAAUACAGCCCGGAAGUGACCGCAACCGCCAGCCGCCCGCUUCGCGCCUUCAGCAACGGAGAUUCAAUUUUCGCGCUGAAUUUCAGCGGCUCUCCUAAGUGGCUGAAGGGGAAGAUUGCCAGCACAACCGGCCCCAAAUCAUACAUCGUCGAGUUGGAAGAUGGACAGUUCGCGAGACGUCACAUCGACCAACUCCGAAAAAGGUGGGGGGGGAGCGCAUGAAAACCAGCCUGACGAGGGAGGCCUACAACACCCCGAUGAGGUAGACCUCCAACACCCCAGCGAGGUAGGCCUACCACACCCAGACCCGGUAGGCCUACAACAACCCGGCGAGGUAGGCCUACGACACCCCGACGAGGUAGGCCUACCACACCCCUGCGAGGCAGAGCAGCACCACCCCGUCAAGGUCGGCCCAGCCCACUACCAGAU